AUGCCGCUGGCCAGCGAAGGAACCCUCCAGAUGCCAGGGCCGGCUGCCCUGGGUCCCGCCUGGGUCUCCCUCUCAGCUGCUCUCCCCCUUCCGGUCUGCAAGCGAAGAAAUAAAUGUUCUUCCUCUUCCUCUCUGAGUCAGGUCUUUAAAAAAUCUUCGUGCUCUGGUCACCAGCAGGUCCCUUGCUUCGUCUGGCCAACAAGCUGCACUCAGAGGCGGGCUCCGGGUGGGCGCACGGUCUUGGCCGACCUCUCCCCGCGAGCUCCCGGGGCGUGGGGCCUGGCCAUUCAGGCGGCCCCUCGGGCCCACAGCGCGGUCAUCCGGACGGCGCUCCCGGACAAGCCUUGGCCCGAGGUCUGCAGACACUGGGCGGCCCCUGUUGGGCGCAAGGGGCGGGCUGCGCCGAGGAGGGCGCACCCGGCAGGGCGCACAGCGCAGGGCGCGCGGAGCUCGGAGCAGAGCGCCUUCAACACCAUGGACAGGUCGCGCGAUCGCGGCGCACGGCCCGCCCGGCAGCCUGCACCCAGGGCGUCCAGCCGACCUCCCCAGCGCCGUCUUCUUCCCGGAGUGUCCACUCGGCAGCCUCCAGACGUGCCUUUCCCGCGACGCCUCCGCCUCACUUCAUCUGCCUCCCGAGUAGCCCCGGGGCCGAGUUGCCUGCUCACUCGGCAGCGUGGAAAGAAUCCCGUCCCGGCCUCGGCGUCCCACGAGCAGGCUCCAGGCGCGAGGUGUUCGCCGAGGUGAAUGGGGCGACAAGGGGGA